ACGUCACUUCCGUCGCGCUGUCGGUGACGUCAGGCAGCAAUGGCGGCGCCGCGGGUGUCGCUGGGGGCGCUGAAGGAGCCGCUGGGGCUGAACCGCGGCCUGCAGUGGUUUUUCUCCAUCUUCGCUUUCGCCACCUGCGGCGCCUUCGAGGGCUCCGUCACCUUCAGGGUCACCUGCGCGGGGCUGGAGAACGGCAGCGUCAGCGCCGCCUUCGCCUACCCCUUCAGGUUGAACCAGGCCGUGUUCCAGCCCUCGCUGACUCACCUGUGCAACCACACCUGGCCCAGGGACGUGCACCUGGUCGGGGACUUCUCCUCGGCCGCCAGGUUCUUCGUGGGCGUGGCCGUGGCCGCCUUCCUCUACAGCCUGGGGGCCCUGGGCGGCUACCUGGGCUACCUGCACCUGUACAGGUGCGCCGGCUCGCGCCUGCCCCUGGCGGACCUGGUGGCCUCGGGGCUCGUGGCCGCCCUGUGGCUCGUGGCCUCCUCGGCCUGGGCCCAGGGCCUGGGGCACGUCCGGGCGGCCGUGGCCGCGCCCCUCCCCCACUGCCCCUCCCCCAACGUCCACUGCGUCCACGCCGGGGUCACCCCCAUGGGCAGCCUGGGGGCGUCCGUGGCCUUCGGCUUCCUCAACCUCCUGCUCUGGGCCGGCGGCUGCUGGUUCAUCUACAAGGAGACGCCGCUGCACCGCCCGGCCCCGCCCCCCGACCCCGCCCCCUCCCCCAUGUGACCCCGCCCCUCCCCCCCACGUUUGUAGCGGUGCCAAGUUUGGGGGCGGGGCUGAGCAUUGGGGGGGGCGUGGCCAGGCGCUGGGGGAGGGGCUUUGUGCGCGGGGUGGGGGAGGGGUGGGGUUGAGCGUUGGGCGGGUGGCGUUGACCUUGGUGAGCCUGGGUUGGUCUCGGGCUGAGCUUUGGGUGACCUCACCUGGCCUGGGCCGUGACUUUGGCUCGGUCUCGACUUUGGCUCGGUCUCGACGUUGGGUUGGUCUUGGCCUUGAGUUAGUCUUGACUUUGGCUUGGUCUUGACUUUGAGUUGGUUGGUCUUGGCCAUGGGUUGGUUUUGGUUAUGAGUUGGUCUCGACUUUAGAUUGGUCAUGGUCGUGGCUUGGUCUUGACUUUGGAUUGGUCUUGGCCAUGGAUUGGUUGGUUUUGACGGUGGGUUGGUCUUGACCUUAGGUUGGUCUCGGCUAUGACUUGGUCUUGACUUUGGGUUGGUUGGUCUUGGCCAUGAGUUGGUUGGUCUUGACUUUGGGUUGGUCUUGGCCUUGAGGUGGUCUUGACUUUGAGUUGGUUGGUCUUGGCCAUGGGUUGGUCUUGGCUAUGAGUUGGUCUUGACUUUAGAUUGGUCGUGGCCACAGCUUGGUCUUGACUUUGGGUUGGUCUUGGCUUUGGGUUGCUCUUGGCCGUGGGUUGGUCUUGACUUCGGGUCGGUCUCGGCCACGGGUGGAUUGUUGUUCCCCUCGCUGACCAUUGGGUGGGUCUGGGUUGAUCUCUGGCUGACCUUGCUGUUGGUUUGGACCGGCCUUGACCAUGGGAUGAUUGAUCUUGACUUCAUUGACCGUGGCUUGGUCUUCACUUGGCCACUGGGGACUUUGAUCUCAGCUCGACCUUGGCUUGGGUUGGUCUUGGGUUGGUCUUGACCAUUGGUUGGUUGACCUUGACUUUGGUGACCACCAGCCAGUCUUGGGUUGACUUUUGACUUCACUGACCAUUGAUUGGUCUUGGCUUGACCACUGGUUGGCCACGGCUUGACCAUUGGUUGGUGCUGACCUCACUGGCCGUUGGUUGGUCUUGGCUUGACCGUUGCCUCGGUGUUACUUUGGGUGACCCUCGGUUGAGUUGACCGUGACUUGGCUUGGCCCGAGAUUGACCCCUGGGCUGGCCCUGACCGCGCGCUGACCGUUGGCCGGAUUGGUCUUGCGGUGACCGUCGGCUGGGUCAGGUUGGCCGUUGGUUGGUCUUGACUUGGGUGGACCUUUGGGGUCACGUUGGGUUGGUCUCGGGUGGGUUUGGACUGGGUUUGGUUGACCAUCACCCGGCUUGGUCUUGAUCUUGACCAGCGCUUGGUUGACCUUGAUUUGGCGCGGCUUGGCCUUGACUCGUGCUGACUGUUGGCCUUGAUUCCGCUGACCGGUAACGGAGGCGACCGUUGGGUUGGUCUUGAUUGAUUAACGGUUAAUUGGGCUGACCGCUGGCUUGGACUUGACCUUGAGAUGACCAUUGGGUUGGUCUUGACUUUGACCAUGGAUUGUCCAGUCUUGAUUUGGGCUGGUCAUUGGCUCGCUUCGGACUUUGCUGACCAUUGGUUGAGUUGACGUUGGGUUGGGUUGAGUAGAUCUUGGGUUGGGUUGGGUUAAUCUUGGCUUUGAGUUGAGUUGGGUGGACCUUGGGUCGGGUUGGGUGGACUUUGGGUUGGGUUGACUCUGAAUUGGGUUGAGUUGACCUUGGCUGAUGUUGGGUUGGGUUGGGUUGGUGUUGGGUUGGCUGCACCUUGGCUUGAGUUGACCUUGGUUGGAUUGGGUUGACUUUUGGCUUGGCUUGGGUUGAGUUGGGUUGACCUUGGGUGACGUUGGGGUGGGUUGGGUUGAUCUAGGAUUGAGUUGGAUUGGGUUGACCUUGGUUGACUUCGACUUGAGUGGACCUUGGUUGACCUUGGGUUGACCUUGGGUUGGGUUUGAUUGGUUGACUUUGGGUUGGGUUGGGUUGAUCUUGGUUGACCUUGGGUGACUUCGGUUGGUUUUGGGUUGGGUUGGGUUGGGUUUGGUUGGUCGACCUUUGGUUGGGUUGGGUUGACCUUGGGUGACCUUUCCUUGACCCCGCUCGGGUUCGCGGCCCCUGAUUGGCCCCACCCCCACCUGCCCUCCUCCCAUUGGCUCCUCCCCCAGGUGGGCGUGGCCAAACACUCCGGGAUCUCCUCCCCUCCCCCCCAGCUCCGCAAGUGCCUCAAUAAACGAAAUUCUGGGAAAACGCCCCAAAAUCGCCGCCGGGAUCGGG